AUGGAGACCAGGGAGGACAAAUCCCCGUGGCAGAACAUCAUGGAAGAGGAGGUUUUGAGUGACUCCAGGGCACAGGAAUCCAAAAGGGAAGAAAAGCCAAAGAGAUCCAGCAGGAGGAGGAGCUCCAAACUGAGCCCAGGGUGCUCUGAGGAGGAAAGACCCGCCCUGAGCCAGGAAGGUGGGAAGAGCUUCAGCCAGAGCUCAGAGCUGGCAGUCCGUGAGCAGCUUCACGGUGGGGAGAAGCCCCACAAGUGCUUGGAGUGUGGGAAGAGCUUCAGGCACAGCUCUGACCUGAUCCGCCACCAGAUGAUCCACACUGGGGAAUGGCCCUAUGAGUGUGGGGAGUGUGGGAAGGGCUUCAGCUGCAGAUCCACGCUUGUGACCCACCAACGCAUCCACACUGGGGAGAGGCCCUACGAGUGUCCCGAGUGUGAGAAGAGGUUUCAGACCAGCUCAGAUCUCCUCAGGCACCAGCGGAUUCACUCAGAGGAGAGGCCCUUCCUCUGCCCCAUCUGCGGGAAGGGCUUCAAGCAAAACUCCCACCUCAUCAUCCACCAGCGCAUUCACACAGAGGAGAG